AUGCGCCUUUUGCGCUGGUAUGGUAUGGACUCGUGGACUAUUCCACGUCCCCCUCAUGAAUUGGAGUUUCGCAUUACUGAUACAUUGAUGGUGAGACAUGAAAGCUUCUUGUUUAUUGUCAUCUCCAACACUCGCUCCGACCUAAUCUACGAAAAAGUCACCACUCUCAUCUACAAAUUUGCACUUGCCGAUCACGGAACGGACGGACGACGCUGCCCGUCAGAAUUUAUGGCCGACAGAACAGCCACCAGUAUGAUGAUCUCACCGAGAAGCGAUCAGCUACUCGUCCUCAUUCUGAUGGUGUUCGUUACCGGCACCGCUUUUCAAUGCAUGACGGCGAUGUUUGAUCGGAUGGAUGAUCCUGAUAGUCUUUGUUUAGUUACCGGAAUUGAGAACGCUAUAAUAGAUGGUCAUAUUUGGCCUUCACGUAUGUAUAUACCUGAAGAGAUGAACGGAAGCAUAUUUACUGAUAUUCAUCGUGGUGUUUAA